AGAGAAAAAAUUCAUACAUUUUUUAACAAUAUAAUUUUCCCUUUAGUUUUGGAAAAUUGUAAAAAAAAAAGUUAAUUUUCGUUUUUUGUAAUUUAAAAAUAAAUUUUUUCUCUAGUUAUAAUUAGUUAUAAAUAUUUGCGUAUAAUUUAUACACAUUCUGUUUUAUAGAUAACUGAUCAUGUUUUAUUUAUUUGUUUAAUAAUGGCACGUACGAUGACUUAAGGAUGUCUGUCAUCUGUUGAGAAUAAGACAGAAAGGCACGUAAAUAAUAUAAUGCGAGAAAACGGACUUCAUUAUAUAUUUUUCUUGUCAGUUGGAGUCGACAAAACGAGUGAUUCGAAUGCCGCCGCGAACGUGUAUCAGUCGUGUAUUGUGUUGUGUUAAAACGAACAAAAAAAAAAUUAAUAAACUUCAAACUAAAUUAAUUUUCUCAUCAUAUUACAAUUUUAAUUAAAAGGCAACAAUUUUUUCUAUUUAUUAAUUUGAAAAAUUAAAAAUGUCAAGGGCAAUUACGAAUUUGAAAAAUUUUGAGGAUUCAUUACAUUCAUUUCAUGGAAAUAUUAAUGGAACACGAGGACGAAGAAGAAAUAGUCUCGCAGCAAAUCUUCAUGCAAAUCACGUAACAUUUGGAGGUUCAUCAAAUCCUGAUGUUAUGGAAUUUGCACGUCGAAGAUUGAGUAAUGUGGGCGAUGUUUUUUCGAGAAAAUUAUCUCGUACUAUUGGUUGGAAGCCAAUUUUUGCUCCUGUUGAAGAGACAGUUUCACAAAGUUCCGCUUUGUGUGCACAAUACAUUCGAAAUCGAUUAAAACGAUCAGGAAUUUAUCAUCGUAAAUUGGGUUUAAAACGAAUGAGAAGUUCAACAAUGUUGCCGGAUAUAACAAUUGUUAAGGAAGCAUGUCCAGUGCUUAUUGCAAUUGGAAUUGAAUUAGAAAAAGAAAAUCCAAAUCUUUAUAUUAAAAUUGGAAGACAAAUUGGAUGCGGAUGUUUUUCUGAUAAUUCAGUUGGUAAUAUAAUGACACAUAUUUCACGUGAAAUAAUUCGUCAUGAUAUUACAUGGAGUAAAAUAAUUGCAAUUUAUGCUGUUGCUGGUGGUAUUUCUGUUGAUUGUGUAAGACAGGGAAAGCCAGAAUUUUUACCAAUAAUACAUAAAGUUGUUGCAAAUAUUGUUGAAAAAGAUCUUGCUAUUUGGAUUGAAACAAGUGGUGGAUGGAAUGCUUUUAUAUCACGCUAUAGAUUGCCGCAAAAAACAUUAGAAUGGAAUUCAAAAAGAUUUGCUUUGAUUGCCACUGUGUUUACGCCAAUUGUGAUUAUUUUAUGGAUUCUUCUAAGAUUUCUAUUAUAGUGAUUUCAAUUACAG